AACGGCGCUCCCUAUUGGCUCCGCCGGCCCCUCACGCCCCGCCCCUUUCCCCUGUCAACCCAGCGGAAGCCAAGAUGGCGGCCUUGGAGACCGGAGAGAGGCUUCCUAGGAGGAGCGACCAGGGCGCCGCCGCAGCCACGAGCUUCCAGAGGCGAGGAGGAGGAGGAGGAGGAGGAGGCGGGCGCUUGGCCUCUCUGCCAGGGACCCGGCCCUCGGCGCGGCACGGACAGCUCCUCCUCUCCAGCGGCCUCCCUUCCCUGGACGCCAAGCUCGGUGGGGGUAUGGCAGUUGGAACACUUCUUCUUAUAGAGGAAGAUGUAUAUGGUGUUUAUGCCAAUCUAUUUUUCAAGCAUUUCCUUGCAGAAGGAGUCAUCUGUGGACAUAAUUUAUUUGUUGCUUCUGAUAAAGAGGACCCUGCUGACAUCUUAAAGGACCUUCCAUCACCUUUGUUGAAUACUUCUGUCAAUGUAAUGGAAGAAGAAGCAGCAAAAGCUGUGACAUCUAAGCAAGAAUCCCAGGAAUCUAUGAGAAUAGCAUGGCGUUACCAGAACAUACCAAAACUGGAGGUGACUCAGACGGCAUUUUCAAAAUUUGGGCACUAUUUUGACUUAUCAAGAACAAUGGCUCCAGAACUAAUCCAGAAUAUAACUUGGAAUGGUUUCUCACCUUUUGAAGAAACCAGUUUUUGCCCUGAUGAAAAAUCAUGUGAAAUGCCCUGUGGUUAUACCAGAUUGCUUCGUUCCAUUCAGAAGGUCAUUUACCAGCAAGGAUAUGAUGGCUCUGUACCCCAGAAAAAAGAAAGGAACAUUUUAAGAAUUGGAAUUCAGAGCCUUGGAUCAGUACUGUGGGGUGAUGAUAUUUGUUGUACUGAAAAUCCACAGAGUAUUAAUAGACUCACCAAAUUUCUGUACGCUCUCCGUGGUCUCCUCAGAACAUCUUUGUCUGCUUGUAUGAUCACAGUUCCAGCUCAUCUCAUCCAGAAUAAAGCAAUUAUGGAACGUGUUGCAAACUUGUCUGAUACGGUAGUUGGCCUUGAAUCAUUUACUGGCUCUGAGAGAGAAACCAAUCCAUUAUACAAGGAUUACCAUGGGUUGAUUCACAUACACCAGAUUCCUCGGCUUAAUAGCUUGAUAUGUGAUGUGUCAGACAUGAAGGACCUUGCUUUUAGACUGAAAAGAAAGCUCUUCGUUAUCGAGCGAUUGCAUUUGCCUCCAGACUUGUCAGACACAGUGAGCCGCACAAGCAAACAGGAUCUGGCAGAACCCACCAAAUUGCUGAGCUCAGGAUGUAGAGCAAUGGCCAUAGGCAAGGAGCACCUGGACUUCUAGAGAUUUCUACUUAGCAGCUUCGCUUCGAAUUAUAUGACACUCUAAUUAUGACUGUUAAUGACUUAUGUAAAUAUUUUCUUAAAAAUUUUGACACAACAAUCUAUUUUUAAGCAGCUAACUUUUAAGCUGCAAGCCUUAUUUUUGUUAUUUUUAUGCUAAUUUUGAAUGUGGUGCUUUGAUUUGCUUUCUUUUUACUGUAGACAAGUACAUCCUAAUUUUGUAAACCUAAUGUAGGUUGCUGUUUUGAAGGGUCAUAUUAUUUUCGAUUAUCAUCAGUUUCCCUGUUAUUAUU